CAUCUUACGAAAUCUUGACGUUUCUGUUUGCGGCUCUUGAAUUGAGAAAUAAAAAGCAAUGGCCACGAAAGCCACCACUUUACUUCUUGAAGCGAGCAUAGUUUUAGAAUUUCUCGCCAAUUCGAUUUCAUGACGUAGAUAAUGCAGUUAGCGGGAGUGUUGACAGAUCAACUUGAGUUAUUUGAGCCAGUGUAAACACUGAACGAAACACAUGGAUAAUGGUGUUCUGUGACAGGUUUUAAAAAUAGUUCUGUGACAUUUCACGGCUCGCUUCGCUCGCCGCGAAUUAUACAGAAUUUUUAAAACCUGUGCACAGAACCACCAUUAUCCAUGUGUGAGGCGUAACAGGCACAGAAAAUAACGCUGUCAUAGAAUUAAUUUUUAAUUAGAGGAUUCUCCAUCUAUGGUAUAAAGAAAAAAUUGGCCGCGUCAAGACUUUCUUCCGACGUGCUUGAGAUGUUUUACGGCUCCAUUUCGCAAGAAGAGAACGCGAGGCUUCGGCCUCCCCUAAGGCCUAGAAGGGAUUUUGAUUUUGAUUUGGUAAGAACAAACUUUAACGAAGGGCUUCGUGUAUGGAGAAUGACAGUUCCAGCAUCCUAUAAAUUCAAAAACGACCUUUUAAAAUUCGCGCAAAAAACGAAAUCAAGAUUUGCCGAAGUUAUAAAAAAUGAAAUCCAAAACCUACAAAGCGUGAAAACGCAGUUCGCUCUUAACGUAAGGUUUUCGAUAACCAGAGAUGGAAUGAAACAACAAAUGGAACAUUCUUUUAGACAGAGAGAGCCAACGAUUUUUAACAGAAACAACGUGUCAGAAGUGAGCGACGUAUUUCGGCAGUUUAUUGAUGAAGUAAAAGGAGAAAUAGAGGCAUGGUCUCAAAGAGGCUCAGGCUGGGUGGUAGAAGGCAUUUUGGAUGCUUUUGUUAAUGUCUCCCGAUACCAGCCUUUACGUGGAGGCAGCUAUAUAAUUUUGCCUGAAAAGCUGAAAAAUAAAAAAGCGAUCAUCAACGUAAAAAACAGGGACAACCAAUGCUUGAGAUGGGCACUGCGUGCGGCAUUAUUUCCAGCUACGGUUGGUGAAAACCCGGCAAGGCUGUCAAGUUAUCCCGCAGAAGACGGCCUAAAUUUUAAAGGGAUAGAUUUUCCAACGCCGGUGAAACAGAUAGACAAGCUAGAAAAGCAAAACCCGAACCUGGCUAUAAACGUGUUUGGCUGGGAAAAAGAGAGCGUCAUCGUGCAUAGGCUCGGCGAAAAAGACGGAAACUAUGUGAGAAGGCUGAGCGCACUGCUGCAUGGCCAAAGCAAGCAUGGGGGUGUCAAACAUUUCUGCGAACGAUGUCUGCACGGAUACAAGACGGCGGAGCUGCUGGAAAGGCACAAACCGGAAUGCAUGGGGCAGCUGAAACGCCCCACAAGGAUCGAGUUGCCCAAAGAGGAUGAAAACAAAGUCAGGUUCAAGAACCAUCACAAGCAGAUGAAAGCGCCGUUCGUGUUGUACGCCGACUUUGAGUCUUUGAUAAGGAAGAUCCGCGGCUGCGCCAAAGAAAACCAGGUGACGAUCAAAACAGAGGUCCACGAGCCCUGUGGCUUUUCAUAUGUAAUCGUGAGAAGCGACGGCCAGACGUACAGCCCGUACGGGUACCGCGGGGAAGACGCGGUUUACAGGUUUCUUAUGAGCCUCCAGAACCACGAAAAGGCGAUGAGGGUCGAGCUAGCCACCCCAAAGCCGAUAGUCAUGACGAGAAAGGAUUGGGCCAAGUACAAGGCCGCAACACAAUGCCACAUCUGCAACGAAAGCGUGGUAAAGGCAGGCAGAGAUGCAUUUGGCGUGUACGACCCCAACACAGGUUAUUAUUGCGAUCAAAGCCACAAAAGGGGUUCGUGGGCCUAAGAAGAGAAAGGAAGCCAAAA